UUUGCCUGCGCUCCAGGCUCUUUCUCUUUCACUUUUCUUUUCGCCGGAGGUUGGGACUCCGGGUGGAAGGUGCCCGGGGGAAUCCCAGCUGACGCGUUCACUGCCUUCGAAGUCCGGCGCCCUCGGGGAACUGGGUGUCCGCUCCCGCCCGGCUGCAGUGGCUGUCGUCCCCCCACCCUGCAGCCAGGACUCGAUGGAGGUACAGAGCUCGGCUUCUCUGCUUUGGGAGGGGAGUGGUGGUGGUUAAAAGGACAAUGGAAUUUUCCCCGAAAGCCUACGCCCUGGGCCCCUCCCAGCUCCGGCGCUACCCUCUGGUCUACCCGACUGGCCCGGCCGCCCCGCCCUCUCAUGGGGAAAACUUAGCUGCAACUUCAGUUUUUGAUUUUUCCCCUAAUGACACUUUACUCCUCUCCGAGACUCUCCUCGCCACCCUCCUGCUUCCGGAGGAGCGCAGAUCGCCGGUCCCUUUGCCCCUGGCGUGCGGCUCCCCACUGCGCUGCACUCUUUCGGAGUUCCCGACUGCUGGCGAGCGCGAGGCAGGCCCGGCACCCUGCGCUUCGCUGGGAGGGUGAGGGACGCGCGUCAGGCUGUCCCAGCCAAACUGCCGGUUUCUGAGAAGACGCGGUCCCGCAGCCCUGAGGGCUGAGUUCUGCACCCAGUCAAGCUCAGAAACGCCGAGAAAAGAAUCCAUUCCAAUAUAUGGCUACGUGGCUCUUUGGAGCAAUGUUCCAUCAUGUUCCAUGCUGGUGACAUCACACGGAGCACAGAAAUCAAUGUUAGCAGAUAGCCAGCCCAUACAAGAUCGUAUUGUAUUGUAGGAGGCAUCGUGGAUGGAUGGGUGUUGGAAACCCCUUACCAUAGCCAGCUCUUCUUCAAUACUUACAGAUUUACCGUGGUUUUGAGUAAUGAGAAUUUCGAAACCACAUUUGAGAAGUAUUUCCAUUCAGUGCUACUUGUGUUUACUUCUAAACAGUCAUUUUCUAACUGAGGCUGGCAUUCAUGUCUUCAUUUUGGGCUGUUUCAGUGUAGGGCUUCCUAAAACAGAAGCCAACUGGGUGGAUGUAAUAAGUGAUUUGAGAAGAAUUCAAGAUCUUAUUCAAUCUAUACAUAUUGAUGCUACUUUAUAUACGGAAAGUGAUGUUCAUCCCAGGUGCAAAGUAACAGCAAUGAAGUGCUUUCUCUUGGAGUUACAAGUUAUUUCACUUGAGUCCAACAAUACAAAUAUUAAUGAUACCAUAGAAAAUCUUCUCAUCCUAGCAAACAGAAGUUUAUCUUCUAAUGGGAAUAUUACAGAAUCUGGAUGCAAAGAAUGUGAGGAAUUGGAGGAAAAAAAUAUUAAAGAAUUUUUGCAGAGUUUUGUACAUAUUGUACAAAUGUUCAUCUACACUUCUUGAUUGCAACUGAUUCUUUUUAAAGUGUCUGUUAUUAACAAACAUCACCCUGCUGCUUAGACAUAACAAAACAGCAUUUCAAAUGUGCUAAAAACAAGAUUUUUUUGUCAAGAAGAUGAUCGGAUCUUGGAUCAGAUGAAGUCUUAGAAAUGAAGGCAUAAAAAUGUCAUUCAGUAAUAUAUAGUAACUAUGAACUUCUCUCAGAUGUACUUUACUCAUUUGUUUUUAAUUUAUUAUUGAAAUUGUACAUAUUUGUGGAAUAAUGUAAAAAUGUUGAAUAAAAAUGUAUACAGGUGUUGUCAUUUGAAGUUGCACUGAUAUUUUUUCCUCUUAUAGCAAAAUAGAGAGCAUUUGCUUAAGGGUGAUAGUCGAAUUAUGUAUUGGUGGGGCUGGGUGCCAAUGCUGCAGGUCAAUGGCUAUGUUGUUGUGUUCCUGCCAGUGUGGCACCACUGACUGCCAGCUCUCAUUGACUUUCUUACAAAGCAAAGCAACCAGAGGAAGAAUUUGCUAUCAAUAAGCAAAAGAAGAACUAUAUGUGAACCCUCUUCUUUACACUGUAAUUUAGGUAUUGAUAUAUAAAGCAACUGUUAUGGAAUAAAUUGCAAUGCCCAGCAUAUAAUGUGCAUCAGUAAAUCUUGGUGGUGAUUGGAAUAAUAAACUUCUACUGAUGGGUAGAACGGUGUGCAAACUUGUCCAACCCACGGAUUGCGGGCUGCAUGCAACCAACACAAUUUUGUAAACUUUCAUAAAUCUAAUUUUUAGCUCCUCAGCUAUCAUUAGUGAUAGUGUAUUUAAAGUAUGGCCCAAGACAAUUCUUCUUCCAGUGUGGCUCAGGGAAAUCAAAAGAUUGUAUAACCCUGAUAUCGAAAACUAAUGGUGACAGUGUUUAUAUUUCAUGCUUUCCCAAGUACAGGUAUUUUAUAUUUUAUUUUCACAUUCUUUUUGCCAUUUAAUAGCGUAAAAAAUUUUUGUUGAUUUUUUGGAGCCAUUGUUAUCUGACAGAAAAUAAUUUUUUAUAUUUUUUCACUAUGCUGUUUAAAAUUAGCAAGAUUUCUUCUAAAGGAACUGUCAGAAGAUGAAAUGUUUUUGUUUUAUAUAAAUUUAUUUCACC